AUGACCAAACCAUUCAACCCAGCCCUCAUAGUAGUCGACUUCCAAGAAGACUUCUGCCCCCCCAACGGCUCCCUCGCCGUCCCAUCCGGCCGCACCAUCGCCAACACCAUAAACAACCUCCUCACCCUCCCCUUCACCCUCAAAAUCGCCACCCGCGACUGGCACCCCCACAACCACAUCUCCUUCGCGGCCAACCACCCCCUCUCAACACCCUUCACAUCCACAACAACCAUCCACCACCCCUCGGACGCUUCUCAAACAUACGACACGACCCUCUGGCCGGUUCACUGCGUCCAGGAUACACAGGGCGCACAGCUCGUUCCUGAGCUAGACGUCUCGCGGAUCGACCGGGUCAUUGACAAGGGACAGGAUGAGCGUGUGGAAAUGUACUCUGCGUUUUAUGAUCCGUUCCGUGUAAGUGAGAGCGGGUUGGGCGACUUGCUGAAGAAGGAGGGCGUGACGCACGUGUUUGUGGUUGGGCUGGCCUCCGACUUUUGUGUCAAAGCUACGGCGGAGCAUGCCGUUGAUGAAGGCUAUGAGACGUAUAUAGUAGAGGAGGCUACGAAGCCAGUCAUUCCGGAUGCGUGGGAAAAGUGUAGAGAGGGUAUUAUCGCGAAGGGAGUCAAGAUGAUUUCCGUGGAUGGUGAUGAAGUUGCUAGAGUCAAGGCACUGUAA